UUUAUUCGCGGCGGCUCGCGCGGGCCGGAGGUCGCUCGAGUGUGUGCGGGGCCGGCGUAUCCUCGUCCGGUCGACCGGUGUCGUUACUACCCCGUCGGUGUUAACAGUGACUAGCAUGAGUGACAGGGACAGGUCGUCGCCCUCCCUCACGGACACCCCGCUCAAGACGUACAUCGGCCGGCACGACGACGACUACCCUCUCAUAAACGGAAACGAUUUCCUGAGUCACGGGGCUAGUUUCAACAAAAAAUACGGCAAGUCGGUGAACAACAAGGAUGCGCUCGAGGACAAGAAGGACGACAGCGAGCUGUGGGAGGCGCAGGCCGCCUUCCUCGGCCCCAACCUGUGGGACAAGACGCUGCCCUAUGACCCCGAUCUCAAGUACGUGGACCUAGACGAGUUCCUGUCGGAGAAUGGCAUGCCCGGCGAGGCACUGGGAGGCGCGCACUUGGGAGGCUCGGCCUUCGGCGCCGGCGCCGGCCUGGCGCUGGGCCUACAGGCGCCCGUCACCAAGCGCGAGCGCUCGCCCUCGCCCUCCGACUGCAUGAGCCCCGACACCAUCAACCCGCCGUUGUCGCCCGCCGACUCCACGUUCUCGAUGGCGUCGUCGGGCCGCGACUUCGACCCGCGGACGCGCGCCUUCUCCGACGAGGAGCUGAAGCCGCAGCCCAUGAUCAAGAAGUCCCGGAAACAGGUGGUUUUGCUUGAGUCUGUGGAGCGGCGUGCUAACCCCAUACCGACGUGGUCGCAGUUCGUCCCGGAUGACUUGAAAGACGACAAGUACUGGGCCCGCCGACGGAAGAACAACAUGGCUGCCAAGCGGUCGAGAGACGCGCGUCGCAUGAAGGAGAACCAAAUCGCACUCCGAGCCGGAUACCUCGAGAAAGAGAACAUGGGGCUGCGCCAGGAGGUGGAGCUGCUGAAGAAGGAGAACCACAUCCUCCGCGACAAGCUGUCCAAGUACGCCGAAGUGUAGGCGCCGCCGGAGCACAAACUUGCCGCACGAUUUGUGGCGCAUGCGCGGAGCACGCGGGCCUCGGUCGCAGCUCCGCCGUCUCCUUGUAACGCUUUUCAAAUGUUCGGUUUCGAUGUACUCUACUGACUAAUCUUACUGUUAACGUAUUGUGUAACUCCCGCUCCCCGCCGCUCGUUUCCGCGCCGCCACGCCCGCGGCGGCGCGCCGUUCCCAUGAGUUAGUUCUCCUAGGUUAAGGUGAAUGUUUGCCAAAGCUCGGCUCGACACGGAUCUAUCGUCGUCUCUAAUUCCUUCUUCGGACUCGGUUCGACACUUACAGGGUUAGUCAACGACGUACGGACCAAUCACGCGAAGUCGUUAUGCUGGAGGACGCCGCGGCGCCGGGCCGGGGCUCGUCCGCCGGGCCGGGGCUCCGUCCGCGAGCUCGCUUCGUAGGCCGCGAGACGCGCGUCGUCUCCGUAGUGAGCGGACACUAGUUUCGUUUCAAAUUGACUUAGUGAAUAGUUUAAGUAGUUGGUAGUUCGUAGCGUAGUCGUUUUUAGUAUAUUUUUGUUAUGGCUGUAGUUGUUAACGUUUUGAAAGUUUAUAUAUUUGGUUCCGGCGCGCCGCGCCCGGCCGGUCGGCGCGCCCCCCACGCUCUGUCUGCAUCGACCUGACUUCCUCGUACUCUCUUUGACUCGUGCUAAUGUUAUAAUAUAUUUUUGUAGGUGUUUGUCGUUGAUAAAUGAGUCAAUUGAAUGUUUAUUGAAUUGAAAUAAAUUAAUGAUUAAAGACUAAGGAGUUGUUGCAUUUUAAAGUAUUUUAUGAAUACAAAGCGAGAACAAUAAAAUGUUUUUUCUAUAAAGGUUUACAUGUGAAGGAUACUAUAAAGGUGUGACGGGUGAACUUUUAAAAUGCACUGUUUCAUAUCAAAUGGUAUAACUCUUAUAUUAUGUAAUGAACUUAUUGUUAAUCGGCAUUUGAUAUUCCACCUUGUUUGUUAAAUGGUAUACAUUAAAUUAUGCAAAAUAUCAUGUAUGUGGUACUUAUACAGUUUACAUAAAUAAAUAAAAUUGUUUCUGCAGACAUUGUAACAAUGGGUGUAUAAAUGUGUAACAUUACCGUAGUAGGCCGUAAGCACCGGAGCUGCCGCCUCCUUAUUUAUUGCGUCGCAGCCCUGGGACCGCAUAAAACCAUAUUGAUGUAUGUAGUAUUUAAAAGAGUUAAUUUAUAUGGUUCUAUGGAUUGAAAUAAACGUUAAUUAUUGUUGUAUUUAUGUUUAUUUAUUUCGCGGGCGACCGGACCGGGCGCUCGGACGCCGGACGCCCGCACGCCGGACGCCCGGUCGACGGACGCCGGGCCCUCGCCCCGGCGGGGCCCGGAGGGUGGCUCGUUCACUAAACCGCUGAUACAUUUCCUCGAUCGCUGUUUUAUGUAAUAAAUCGUGGUAAAAAG